CUGAGGUUAAUUAACAUUCUCAGAUUAGUUAGAAAGCAAGUACUAACAUGGAGUACUAGUAUACCGAAGAACUAGUACUACUUGUGAUUGAAGCAAUUGUCCAGGGAGUGUCUGUCCCACUUAGACCGCUAGUACUAGAGCAACUCAUCCACACAAACAUACCUUAGCGAGCUCGUAGCUAGCUCUCCACACCCUAUGAAACCAUGGAGGCGGCUCUCGUGAGUGCCGCGACGGGGGCCCUGAAACCCAUCAUCAGGAAGCUGGCCACCCUGUUGGGUGGCGAGUACAAGCGUGUCAAGGGGGUGCGCAAGGAGAUCAAGUCCCUGACUCAUGAACUCUCCGCCAUGGAUGCUUUUCUCAUGAAGAUGUCAGCGGAGGAGGAUCCGGAUAUGCAAGAUAAAGUUUGGAUGAAUGAGGUACGGGAGCUGUCCUAUGACAUAGAUGAUUUCAUAGACGACUUUCUGAAAUAUGUCAAUGACGAAGACACUAAGCCGGAUAACUUCAUGGAGAAGAUCAAGUUCUUCCUGGGAAAGAUGAAGACCCAGCGUCAAAUUGGCAAAGAAAUUGAAGAUUUGAAGAAACAAAUUAUUGAGGUCGGCGAGAGGAAUGCAAGGUACAAGACUCAUGAUACCUUCUCCAAGACCCUCAGUAUAUCUGUUGACCCUAGAGCUCUUGUUAUCUUUGAGAAUGCAUCAAAACUAGUUGGAAUGGAUGCACCAAAAAAUGAGAUAAUCAAACUUUUGAAAGAAGAAGAUGGACAUGUGCCAACAAAAUCACUAUUAAAGAUAGUCUCCAUCGUUGGAUCUGGAGGAAUGGGCAAGACAACUCUUGCAAACCAAGUGUAUCAAGAGCUAAAAGGAAAAUUCGACUGUCGAGCUUUCAUAUCAAUGUCACGAAAUCCAGAUAUGAUGAAUAUCCUAAGAACUAUUCUUAGUAAAGUCGGGAAUCAACGUUAUGCUGAAACAGAAGAAGGAAGCGUGCAGCAACUAAUUAUCAACAUCAAAGAGUGCCUACUAGAUAAAAGGUACUUUAUUGUUGUUGAUGAUAUAUGGGACGUCAAAACAUGGGAUGUCAUUAAGACCACAUUCCCCAUUGACAGUUUUGGCAGUAUAAUAAUCACCACUUCACGCGUGAGAGAUGUCGCUGAGUCAUGUUGUUCAUCAUUUAGAGGCCAUAUUUACAAUAUAAGGCCUCUUAAUAUGAUGCACGCACAACAGUUAUUUCACGAAAGGUUGUUCAACUCUAAAGAAGAUUGCCCUGCCCACCUUAAAGUAGUUAUGGAUAAAAUAUUGAAAAAAUGUGAUGGUUUACCUUUGGCAAUCAUUGCAAUAACUGGUCUAUUAUCUAACACGGAAACAACGGAGCUUCUUUGGAAUCAAGUGGAAAUUUCGAUUGGCCGUGCACUUGAAAGGAAUUCUAGUGUGGAAAGAAUGAUGAACAUAUUAUCACUCAGUUACUUUGAUCUCCCUCCUCAUCUAAGAACCUGUCUUUUAUAUCUGAGUAUAUUUCCGGAGGAUUCUAUUAUUGAGAAGAAAGUUGUCAUAAGGAGAUGGAUUGCUGAAGGAUUCAUUCAGAAGGAAGGAAGGUACACGGUACAUGAAUUAGGAGAAAGAUAUUUCAAUGAACUCGUCAAUAGGAGUUUGAUCCAACCCGUGGAGUCCGAUAGAUAUGAUAGGACGAUGAGAUUUCGAGUUCAUGACACAAUUCUUGAUUUCAUCAUAUCCAAGUCCGUCGAAGAGAACUUUGUCACUUUUGUGGGUGUUCCCGGAAUACCUGUUGGGACGCAAAGGAAAGUUCGUCGUCUCUCUCUCCAAGUUGGCAAUCAAAGGAAGUUGUUCCUACUAAAGGAUGUAAUAUUGCCGCAUGUCCGAUCUUUAAAUGUGUUUGGGGAUUCCAUGGAAAUCCCUUCUCUAGAUGAGUUCAUGCAUUUGCGUGUUCUAGACUUUGGUGGAUGUCGUCAAUUGGAAAACCAUCAUCUAGUAAAUAUAGGGAGGUUGUUUCAUUUAAAGUACUUGAACCUCAGGCACCUUGGGGUAAGUGAGCUUCCAGAACAAAUCAAGCAUCUACAAUACCUUGAGAUGUUGGACCUAAGAGACACCAAUGUACGUGAAUUGCCGAGAGCAAUUGCUAAUCUCAGUAGCUUGGUGCAUCUACUUGUUGACAGUGGUGUCACAUUUCCUGAUGGAGUUUUGAAAAUGCAAGCAUUGGAGAUAUUGAAACAGGUCGAAGCCCUCGGUCAGUCUUUGAACUUUCUCCAAGAACUCGGGCAGCUGAAGAAUCUGAGGAAGAUAUACCUUGAUCUGUUUGAUGUUCCAGUAAUUGGGGUUACCAAGGAGUGCUGCAAGAGUUUCAUUGCCUACAAAUCUCUCCGCAACUUGGGCACGCAGAACCUCCGUUCUGUAACUGUCUGGCAUGGCAGCGGCUUCUUACUGGAACCGUGGUACCCUGCCCCGCGUAGCCUCGAGAAGCUAAUUACCUGGCGUUCAGCAGUUCCUUGUGUUCCAGAGUGGGUGGGUUCCCUCGUCAACCUGCAGAAGUUACGCCUUGAAGUGGAGAGUCUUGGGCAACAAGAUCUGUGUAUACUUGGAGCCUUACCUGUUCUUCUCACUCUGGAUCUCGAAAAAACAACAAAAUCAUCAGAAGGCAAGCUCAAUGUCAGUGGAGGAGAUGGGUUCCGAUUCCUGAGGAACUUGCGUUAUAAUAUGAUGCUAAUGUUUGCACAAGGAUCUAUGCCCAGGCUUGAAAGGAUCAAGAUUUAUCUAGCCAAAACAGAGUCUCUCAUUGGUGACACCUAUGACUUCGGGUUGGAGAAUCUCCCCUGCCUCAUAUAUGUUGAAUGCAGAGUGAGUGGCAACGCAAGCGCUCAAGGUGGUGUUGAGGCUGCAAAGGCUGCCAUGGAGAGAGCAGCUAUGGCAAAUCCCAACCAUCCUAAACUACUCUUUGUGAAUCGCAGUCUACCAGCAAAGUUGCAUAAUGGAUGCUAACUACGUCCUGGACAUGCUGGCACUUCAGGCAGUCUUCUUGCGUGGCAUCUUGCUGGAGGUUAGAGAACUCAUGGUCUGGAGGGGGAUAUAGGCCUCAUAGAAGAAUAUUUGAAGACGUGUCAUCUAUGUGAACUUUCAUCCUUUUGACCUUACUGAUAUUUGUACUUCUGAUGUGCCGAAUGGCCUUAGUGUUGCCUCGCUGUUUGACCCGGUUUGCUUCAGACGUAUUUUCAUGUUGUAAACUAUAGUACAGUGCUUCCUCAAAUUAAUGCUCAAGCAUUAUUUUUAA